AUGGGUGCCGCAUACCAGAUUCUCGGAAGAUCCGUCCAGCCCCACGUGUUAGCCCUCGCUACCUUGGGCGCAGUUGUGUUUGUUGCUGCUCCAAAGCCUUGGGGUCCUCCCAAGCCAACUCACCCAGCCAUUGGUGCAUCUUCUCCAGAGGAGGAGAAGUUUGUCCAGGACUUUUUGGCCAAGCACUUGGAGAAGCAUUAG